AUGAUCCCCAAGAUGUCUCUCGAGUCGGCCCUUGAUGAGGAACGGCGCGAGAUCCUCGAGCUGCUCCAGGGUCGCCCGCAGCAGCAGAACAGCCCUCAGAGCCCUCAGAGCCAGCAAAACCAGUCGCCUCGUCCCCACCACCAUGCCACUCAAGCUCCUCCCAUCCGCUCCAUGCUCGAUGUUGCGCCGGAUCCCUCGAGACGGGCGGGCUCGGUCAAGUCGUCGUCUGCCAGCGUACGCAGCAUGCUCGACCCCAUAUCGCCCUCGCCUCUGAGGGAGACUCACAGCGCGGCCUCCUCGCCAACCUCCUCUGCCCACACGCCGUCCAUACACGAGUCAGACGGGCUGCGUAGGGCCUCAGAGUCGUCACCCUAUGGCGGCCUGCCGUCUAUAGGAAGGAAGACCGGCGUCGAGGCGUACCAGUUUGGCAUGUUGCCCAGCAUACCCAGCCAGCUGCCAAAGCGAGUCACCCAGGGUGGCAAGAAGAGCGUCACUGGAAAUGGCAACAAUCAUAACAACAAUGGUAAUAACAAACAUCCCAGCUCCAUGGCCGCCGUCAUGUCUGGGUCCGACUUUGGGCCUUUGCCUGGCUUCCCGCGCGGCAGGCAGACCGGCCGGCAUGCUCCUGGAUUUCCACACAGCUCAACAUCCCCCAUGCGCUCGCGGUCUCCGGGCCCACGCACGCUUAACAGCCUCAAUCCGCUCGCAGCCAACUCAAAGUCAAAUGUUAACACUUUUGUCACUGACUCUGGCCGAGUUAUCAACCUGGAUCAUGCAUAUAGAAAGUUAUCCAAUACCGCACUGCAGCGGUCAGGCGGCAGCCUGGCCCAUCUGCCCCAUAUAGAGAAGAAGGAGCUGGAAGACCUGGCAGAAAAUUCAGACUCGGAUGCCAGACUGGCUAAGGAUUACUAUUUGGAUACCCCUGACGGUGGCUUCAGCGAGGACCACACCAGUGAUGACGAAGAGGAUUUGAGCUCUGACGAGGAGCUGUGGCGGUUGGGUGUUGGUAGAGGCCGUGGCCGGACGAGAAAGAAGCGUGAGGGUCAGGGAGCUGAUCGCAACCUAGACGACCCCGAAGCAGCCAACAAGGUCAGAAGUCUUCUAGCUGCUGCAGAAGAAGAACGAAAAACUGUGUCCUCGACAUAUAAAGUCCGGUCUCUGCUCGAGCCUGACAACCGCGCUGCUGCAGCUGCAACUGAAAAGCCUAUGAAGCACAAGACCAGUGUCCAUCCAAACACCAACUUCGACAUCACCGUCUCUCAAGGCAAUACCCCAAUUGGCUCAGACGAUGAAGGAGGAGGUGGCGGCGGUGGUGAUGGUAUACCUCUUGACGAUGAGGCAGAGAUCUGUGAGAUCAAGAAGGCUCAGAACCUGAACGUCUACCUCUCGCCAACAGACAGCUCGGUGCCCAACAGAGUCAUUCGCACUAUUGUACGAGGAGACUUUGCCAAGAUGCAAGAGGAGGCCGAGCAGGGCACUCGUCGGGCCCGUAGCUAUCUUGUGGCUACUGAUCUGAGCGAGGAAUCGGUCUACGCGCUUGAAUGGACCAUCGGUACAAUACUGCGUGACGGAGACACGAUGUAUGCCAUCUACGCCAUCGACGAAGAAGGCUCUUCCUCCUCCGCCAAGCUGUCCGAAACAGACCUGCCAUCUGUAAUGCCAAUAACCGACGGGUUCAAGGCCGUACUGGACAUGAUGACCACGAUGCACUCGCAGACAGAAGGCAGUACAAAAGUGCCCACUCGGCCGCCUUCAUCUUUCCCUUCGCCGCAAGUCUCAAGCACACAUCUCCCUUCUUCGGCCAGCGACAAGGAGAAGGAGAAAGAAAAGGGGUUGGAGAGCGCAACCGGCUCCGUGGAUGCCAGGGGUCUACCAAAGACAGAGGCAGACCGCGCCCAUGCCAUCGACGGCCUUACACAGACAUGCGUGCGUUUGAUGCGCAAGACGAAACUGCAGGUGCGUGUGGCUGUUGAGGUCAUACACUGCAAGAGUCCCAAGCAUCUCAUCACAGAAGCCAUCGAUGCUCUCGAGCCGACUCUUGUCAUUCUUGGCUCUAGAGGCCGAAGCGCGCUUAAGGGUGUCCUUCUGGGCUCGUUCUCGAACUAUCUUGUCACCAAGUCCUCUGCUCCGGUGAUGGUUGCUCGCAAGAAAUUGAAGAAACACGCCAAAUUCAAGAACAACCCUCUUCGCUUCUCAAAUAACCUCGCCGGCCUGGGAAGCAUGAGGCUUGCAAACGCCAAAGUCGACUAG